CCAGCAGGACAAACAACAUAAGACUGGUAACAUGUCCAUAAUGCUACACAUUUACUAGUACAUGGAACGUGGAACGGUGCCAAUCACAAACAUACCAUAGACACUACAUAAUACAACCCCACCUAGCUCAUGUUCAUUUUCAUAGUACUUUACUUACGACCUCUGGGGUUGAGGUUUUACGCAUAGUUCAAUCAUGUCCAUGACUGAGUACAGUCCAGAAGGAAAUAUCAACCAAAUAAACCAGAUUACACCAGCUUCUGGGAAAUUAAACCAGGAAAUUAUUCAUUCUUACGUGUACUGAGCUGUCUGCAAUCAAGUCAGCAAAACAGAAAACAGAUCGAACAGAUUAAUGUAACCAACAAGCCAGAAUGGUGUCCAUAUACACAUACUCAUAUGUUAUUGAUGAGUACAACCUGGCAAUCUGUGCCAUCGUUACCGUGGUGAUGCAGACCAUAUUUUUCAUCAUCGCAGCAACGUGCAAAUUUGACAAAGUCACCGAUUUUGCAGGCGGAAGUAACUUCGUAGUCCUGGCAUUGCUUACUUUUUUCAUUUCACAGACCUAUACAGCCAGGCAGAUUGCUGUGACCAUCUUGGUUUGCCUCUGGGGUAUUCGUUUAUCUGGUUAUCUUCUGUAUCGCAUCGUCAAAAUUGGUGAGGAUAAACGCUUUGAUGAUAUCCGAGGAAACAUCCUGAAAUUUGCUGGCUUCUGGUUUUUCCAGGCAUUGUGGGUCUUCUCCGUUAGUCUGCCUGUUAUCUUCAUAAAUGCAGUCAAAACAGCAUUUCGCAGUGAAUUGGGAGCUCUUGACAUCAUUGGUAUCAUCUUCUUUGUCUUCGGGCUGGUCAUUGAAACAGUAGCUGACCAGCAGAAGUUUAACUUCCGAAACAAGGCAGAGAAUAAGGGCAAAUGGUGCAACGUUGGCUUGUGGUAUUGGUCUCGUCAUCCUAACUACCUGGGUGAGAUCAUCUUAUGGCUGGGUAUAUUCCUCAUGAGUUGUGGUGUCGUCAUGCAUUGUGAGUGGGUGGUUGUCAUUAGUCCAAUCUUCAUCAUCUGUAUCUUGCUGUUUGUCAGUGGUGUGCCUAUGUUGGAGCAGAAAUCUGAUGAUCGCUACGGGAGUCGGGCAGAUUACAAGGAAUACAAGAAGCAGACCAGUCCCAUCAUCUUCUUUCCAACCAGUCUGUACCGAUCACUCCCGUCUAUUGUCAAGUGCCUGUUUCUUUGUGAGUUUCCAUUUUACAACAGCAAGCUUAAUGAAGACCAAAUAAAGGAAAGUGAAGCCACUGAAGGAACACAUAUCGUCAGGAGAUAAGUCUUGUUCAAAGACCUCGCUAAACUCAUUUGACUGCUACCGCAAUGAUCACCCCUAAACAGUUGAUAAAUCCAUUGCCAUUUUGGAAAUUGAAUGCCAACACACCAUUGGAAAAAGAGUAAUUUGGAGGACCCAGAAAUACAAGCUGUCAAUCCUGUAAGAGAAUCCACUAAUAGCAGAAUUUCAUAGCACGCAGGUAGUGAUUUGGUCAGUACAUGUAGCUUUGAGCCUAUUUGCUUCACAAAUGUGACAUGGUUUGUGCAUAAGCUUACUUCCAUUCCAAGUUUAUAUAUUUUGCAGUGUACGCAUGGUUAUGUUGGUGUGUAUAUGUACAUGUGCCUGUUCAUUAAGUACAUGUACCUUAAUUCUUAGGUGGCUUUUUUAUGCAAAUCUGUACAAACUUCACAAAGAAGCAUUUGCUUUCCUUGCUUUUCAGAUAGUCAUUCAUGAGAUGUGAAUUCUAUUAAUGCAGUAUUUAAAAUUCUGCAACCGUUAUCUGCAUCGUUGUUAUCGGUUUUAAGGCUGUUUAUCCGUUCUAUUCUGAGUUGGGCUGCUUUCUCCCUAUGACUUUCACUUGGUCUUGUCCAUGGCAUUCCCUCACGUUGACUCCAAGCAAUCAUGAUAUUGUAACACUGACAUGUCUACCAUCGAUGCAUGUUGUCCAGUUCAACUCUUAUGUUUGGUACAUGUAUUGAUGAGCUAUGGUCAGUUCCACAGAAUAUCCUAAGAACUUUACUUUUGACUUAGUAAAAACAAGGACCAAUUUAAUAGACCUGCCAAACACAGAAUUCUGCUAAACAUAUAACUUGGUUGCUUAGAAAACAAGUCACCAAUCAAUAUGUCAUACACUGCAUAUUUCUUGAAGCUGGUUCCCAGCUGACAUUUGCUAAGCACAUGAGCAAUUUAAUAGGCAGUAUUUUCUGCUGAGCAGCUCUAUUGAAUUAGGCCUUGUCUGCUAACGAAAAGUUAGCUGGUAAAUUGAUUUACACUGCUGUUGACUUGUUUUUUACUUGACACAAAAACGAGCUGAGCAGUGACUUGUCAUUAAGCAUUUUCUUAAAACUGAGCCAUUGUGUUUAAUACUGUAUUUAUUCCAUUUUUGUACAGAAGGUCAUUGUAUCAAGUCAGCACAUGAAAAUAGGCUAGAGUGAUGUCCCUGUAAAAAGAGUCACUAGCCUCUUGGGUGAUAGUUGGUCAAAGAUUGUUGGGAUGUCCAAGAAAAAUGAUGAUUUCUUUCUGAAUAACCCUUACUGCCACCGUAUAGAUGUGUUGUUACAUAAACACAUACAUGUACUGAAAAGCGAGUUUUGGUAUUGAUUGCUUCAGCAACUUUUAAAAAAUGUUUGAUACGGUGAAACAGCGUUAUAGCAAGGUCCUUCAAGCAGGUACCUUGUAUUAUCAGAGAUAAAGAAAAAGAUUUAGGACCUAACAUUUGUCCUUGUAAACAUGAUUUUGUAUUAUCAGAGCUGCUCUGUGUGUUUGACUGUAUAUGUUUGAAUUCCUAGUGUGAUAUCAACAAACAUGAGAUGACAGUUUUGGGGAUUUGAAUCAUACUUUACUCAUUUUUUUUACAGCUUCAGCCAAAAAAGGAGAAAUGGAAUACUGAAUUGUUUUUAAAGCAAGUCUUGAUACAGUUACACGUACAUAGAGUAUAUUAGCCAUAUUGUGAACAAAGUUGGUUUCAAAAUUGGAUUCAAAGGGUCCUUGUUCUUUGCAGCAGGUGUUGCAUGGGGUUUAGGCAAUAGGCUUUUUGCAAUGUUUGUAUACUAUUUAGCAGAAAUGUACCUAUUUGUAUCUUUAACACAUGUAUGCCAAAAUAAAAGCAAAUGUCAAAUGCAUUUGAAUCCAACCCAA